AUGACGAAUGAUCCGAUUACUCAAACCUAUAAUAACAUAAUUCAAGAAAUAUGCGGUAUUCGUAGCUAUUAUGAAACUACAUUAAGCCAAAUCCGUUUUGUUGAUGAAACGGAUGAUGCAAAUGGAACAGGUAAAGCUAAAGUAAUUGGCGAUAUAAACGACAGUAAGUAUGAUUUGGGAGUGGAUGGAGCUUUUGGUCACUAUUCGAUUUUGAUUAUCAUUCUUUAUUUGUGUCGAGAGGAAGUGGAUGACAAAGGAAAAACAAUAGAUGAAUAUAUCACGGAGGAUGUAUUGUGCAAUGGUAGGGUGUUGAAUGGGAAAGCCUUUUCACCUAUUCUAAAACUUGGGAGUCAUGAAAUUGAUGGAAAACCUAUUGGAAAAGGAUUCAAGAUUGCCUUUGCUUAUGAUUACAAAAGCGCUAUCAAGGAAUUAAUGAGUGGCAGAUAUCGGAUGACAUUCAUAACCUGUUCUCCUGGAGAUGGAAUUAUGGCAAAAGAGUGUGAUAAUGAUGCCAAUCAAUAUGCCGAUGCUUUUGUGAGUUGCGUUCAUGAAUUCAACAUAAGAGGAGGUGGCGUAUUCUGGUUCUUAGAGAACUAUCCUUUCACUUAUGAGGCUGAUUUGUACUUCAAGACAUUCUAUGGAUUUGAAGCAGUGGGCGACAAAGAGUACAGUAUCAAGGGCGGAAAUGUUAUGGUAAGAUCUAAAGAAAAUGUACCCACACCUGGUCACUUCGUUUCGAUCGGAGGAAAAGCGAUGGAUUACACUAAGUUAUCCAAGUUAGAUUUUGGUAUCAAGCGAAUCUUUGAAGGAAGAACCCUAUGCGUGUUGAAUGAGCAUGAAUUUGAAAGAAUCGGAUUCCGGAUAUUUGCGAAGGAAAGCGAGGGAAAUGCUUCAAUUAUGGUGAGAGAGAAGCAAGAAGAUAGUAGAGAAGGCAGAAUGAUCCUUGAUACAGCUGCAUCCAAGCUAUUUUUGGAAUUCACAGAAGAUGGAACUGCACGCUGGAUCAGCAAUGCUGCGGUUUGGCUGUGUAACACCGAAGAAUUUGAAGAAGAACGAUUAUUGGAUAACAAACUGGUAUCUGGAAUCAAAAUGGAUGAAGUAGUUCUUCCUGACAAGAAAAUGAUGGAAUUGCGAGAAAUCACGGAUGUCAAAGAAAAGCGAUUCUGUUUGAGUAUCGUAAUAGAUACCACAGGAUCAAUGGGCGGAUUUAUUAAUGCAACUAGAGACAAUAUAGAAAGAAUAAUCGAUAGUAUAAAACAAUUGGAGACAGAUUGUGAAAUUCCGGAAGGAGGCAUUGUUGGUCAGGUCGUCCAGUUUAAAGACUAUGCUGAUAAUAUGGUGGGAGAACAAGACGAAUAUAUCACAAGCGAUUUUGCUCGUUUGAAGAAUAAAUUAGCUUCCUUCAAAGCAACCGGUGGUGCCGAUGGUGCUGGAUGUGGAAGCAAUUGUGAAGAUAUUCAAGGAGGAUUGAUUCGAGCUUUGGAACAAAUGAAAAAGCCACCAUUCCGAAAAUAUAAUCAUCUCAUGUUGAUUGUGGGCGAUUAUCCGAAUCAUGGAGACUUUGAUUUUUGUAAAAUAGAUAAGAAUAAAGAUGGAGAAUUGCUGAGGGAUGUUUGGGAACGUAUUUAUAAUGAUAUUCGAAAAUUUCGAAGCUUGCGAAUUAUGUUUAUGCCUGUGAAUGUCGCUGAAAUAGUAACAACUAUGAAAAGAAUGCGGAAUGCUUUGGGAACAGAGAUUGUAGAUAGUACACCUGCAAAUCGAGAUAAUUUUGUCAAAAUCGUAACUCAAACCACUGUAAACGAGUAUAAACGUUUUGUUGGUAUUUCGUGA